AUGGGUUUGACCAUGUGAACACUUCUAGCUUCCACCGCAAUUUUCCUAGUGUUAACACCCCAAGCACUAGCGGCAGAUGCUGCCGACUUUUCAAACAAUUUGUUCUCCGACCUAGCCCCACUGUUGACCCUCUUCGGGGAUCAAGUUGCCAAACAGUUCAUGUCCCAAUCUUUUACCUGGCUGGAGGAUGUGAUAUUCGCCAUGGCUCCAUUGGGCAUUAUAACGGCAAUAACAAGCGCAGUACGAGUCGGCGGGCCAAACUGGCUUAAGGCAGUUGUCGGAAGGGCCAGGGAGAGCAGAGCAGUCGCAGAGGUGGAGCUCAUGUCCUCUACCUCUCAUGAGGUAUGUGAGCUUUGGGGCGGGAAGGCUCUUGUUCGGGUCAUGGGCUCUCCAAAGGUCGCUGAGAUUCUCUAUUUCGAAGGUGAGGCGGGUGGGGGAGUGGAUGCAUCUAAGCUAUUCACACUCAAGACGGCUAUAAAAGAUAAGAAGUUGAGAGGAGCGAAAGGGGGUUGGGGGGGGAACUGGACCCAAAUGGUGGGGGCCGCAUACACGAGAAAGGCAUUCCUUGGGGGGGCAGCAGAUGGGAUAGUGAGCCUGCUCGACAGGACUGUUUUAAAAAUAUCCUCCGGGGGCCUCUUGGCACAUUUUGUUCCGGCGGGUGCGGGUGCUGAAAACCCCAUUUCUGGAUUAAGACGCAGGCUCGAGGGAUGGUUCCAGCAUGGCCCACCAGAAGAUCCCGCCUUGGCUAGUUCCCCAAACAUAUCCCUGAACUUCCGUGAAGCCAAGAAGAGGGGAGAGCUAUGGCUAUUUGCUAUCCUGGGAAUUGUGCUGCAGUUCGGUUCCUUGAUCUUUAUUGGAGUUACCCGCUAUCACAAAAAAGUAAAUUUGAAGGAGGACGAAAAUUCGGAAUUCGCUUACCCCCUUAUGGCAUUCGGGACUCUGUUGUUAGUUGCAGGGAUGAUGGCAUGCUCGCACGUAGUGCAGGCCUCAUCCAAAGAGAGAAAGUGGGUGGCUGAGAGCGACUUUAGGAUUGUGUGGUUGCAAAAGAGUGGACGGGUCAAUGACCAACACUUCGGGUCAUACGCGCUAUUCGGACAUAGGGAACGCAAGAAACAUAUCACAUCUCGACCUAAAGCCUACACAUCUUCCUUGCAGGCCCCAGGCCUUAUCGAGUAUGCCUUUCAUACCACUUUCUCACUUAGUAAUCUGGCUAUGGUUGGAUCUUUCGUCGGUAUCGCUGGUUUUGUCAUCCAGUUUGUCGGAAUUCGUGCUCUGCACUGGUCAGCCUCCAUCUCACAGUUGGUUGUAACAUUGGCAAUGACUGUUGCGAGAACCUGGAUUCGCCGAAAUAUGUCUGCGCGCCCUCGAGCCAUGAUACUACCGGUUGGUUAUGAGAUCGACUGGCUCGCAGUGAGGUUUGGGAUGCCUGGAGAAAAUUUAUGGGGGCCGAGAGAACCUCAGUUCGAACAAAAUGGCUCAGAGAGUGAUCAGGACGACAAUCUUAGCUGGGAUGUGAUGACUCUUCAUGGAUAUCUCGGAUAUAGGGCUGCUCACGAGGAACAUCUUGGGGCCGCGAACGACGCAAAAAAGAUCCUUAGCGUGCGAGCGGGACUCGGGCGUCUCACGGAAUGGGAAGGGAUCUCUGAUCGCUUUGCGCGGGAGCUGAUCUCCUGCCUUCGGUCUUUGCUGAACGAUUUCACAAACUUGAAGGAUAUAACUCGCAGCGACGACUUCCCAACUUCAGAAACUUUUCAUUGGGCACUGCCAGUCAAAGUUGGGGGUCUGGUGAAGUACAUAACUAUGACUGCUAGGAGGUCCAUUGACAACGCGGAAUACCCGGGCCAAUGGAGUGUGGAUGAAUUCGAGCUUUGCGCCGUGGUCUCUCUCUGGUGUUACAGAAUGAAGGAAAGAGGGCUGGCUUUGAUGGACACUCCAGAUACCACUGGGCUAUUUUGGCACCAUGGGGGUGAAGUUCCGACAGUUUUGCGAGUGCUUGGACCAGCAACUAACAGAUUCAUGAAUGAAUGCCGGCGGUGGAUGGAUAUCGGGGGAAGGUUUGAGGUAGUGGAAAAUGGUGGAUUGGAGGAGAACCCAAUCGGAGGACCGACAACCGUUGAAGUGAACGAGUUCCCCAAGGUGCUUGUACGUGUGGGCCACUGCACUGCCAAGAGCUCGAGGCAACAUAUUACCCCCCAUCACAUCGUGGGGACCAAGCCAAUUGACCACGACGGAUGCCGAGAAUCAUUCGCCUUCUUAUCUAUGACCCCGCUCAGACAGAUAUUUGCUCAGGAGAUACUAUCAUCGUUCUUGUGGGCAAUUGCCGACACUGUCCGCUCGAUUGAUGGCAAGACUCGAUUCCGAGAUCAUGAAACCACGGCUGGCGAAGGGCUCGAUUCUAGGCUUGAAAACCCUUUUUUCCAAAAGCUGGCCGAAACGAUCACGGAGUCGAAGCUAGCCAGUAACAUCCAGGAUGCUUAUGCGCUCAUAAUCACACCUUUUGUUACCGCUGAUAAACUGCCCCCCAUGCCUUCCAGUAAUUAA